AUGGAAAGGAGGAAUUGGACAUUGGUGACUGAGUUUAUUCUUACAGGGAUACCAACCACCAGAGCCCUUGGGGGCCUCCUGUUCUUGACUUUUUCUGUGGCCUACUUGGUGACAGUCCUUGGAAACACCCUCAUCAUUAUCCUGAUUCUUGUGGAUUAUAGGCUUCGCUCACCCAUGUAUUUCUUCCUCAGCAACCUCUCUUUCAGUGAAAUAUUAACCACAACUUGUGCUGUUCCCAAGAUGCUGGCAGGUUUUCUGUCAGAGAGAAAGAGCAUUUCAACUGAUGAAUGCUUUGUGCAGUCCUUUUUCUACUUCCUCUCAGGAUGCACUGAAUUUAUCCUUUUUGCUGUCACGUCCUAUGACCACGAUGUGUCUAUAUGCAGCCCCUUUCACUACCCUAUGAUUAUGACUAGCUCACUCUGUGUCCAUUUUGUCAUUCUCUCCUGGGUUGGCGGCUUUCUCCUCAUCCUCCCAUCCGCUGUCCUUAAGGCAGGACUGCCAUACUGUGGCCCCAAUGUGAUUGAUCACUUUUUCUGUGACAGUGCCCCCCUCUUCCACUUGGCCUGUGCUGACAUCCGUGUCCUUGAGCUGUUGGACUUCCUCAGCUCCCUUGUCCUGCUCAUCAGCUCCCUCUCCCUCACAGUGGUCUCCUGUGUCUACAUCCUCUCCACCAUUCUGAAGAUACCCUCAGGCUAA